UUACGCGUCGGCUAUGGGGGGUGGGGGGGAGGAAAAGAAAAUGAUCUAUGUCUUUAACGAAUAAUGCUUGGAAAUGAUCAAAUAAAAUAUAUUAAAAAAAAAAGAAAUUAUACUAGAAAAAGAAAUAAAAAGUUUUAAGUUAAAAGAAAUACUACUUUUAGGGGGCAGCUGGGUGACUCAGUAGAUUAAGAUAUUAUAAUUUGUUCAGCCAUUUUCCAGUUGAUGGAAACCUCCCCCCACUUUUAGUAAGCUACUCUAAGGGCAGGAAAGACUGAAGAACACCCUGUAAUAAGCUUCUAUCAACUCUGAAAUUCAUUCCUCCUCAGUACCCCCUUCCUUCUGAUUGAAGAGAGUAGAGUAGAAAGCUCCUCCUAGAUUCUUCAUUUAAGGAGGUUACUAACCUCAGCAGCCCUCCUAUCAUUUCCUACCUGGCUGCACUCCUCUGGACUCUAAUCAUGCCCCACCACACUCAGUGGGUCCCCUUUCCUCUCCCUGCUUUCAGCCUCUUUUUAUUUGUCUUCUCCCAUUAGAAUGUGAACUCCUUUAGACAGGGACCAUCUUUUGCCUUUUUUUUUUAUCCCCAGCACCUAGUAUAAUGCCUAGCACUUAAUAAGUAUUUAAUAAAUAUUUGUUGAUUUAUUGAUAUAUUUCUGUAACUGCUAACAUUUUAUUUAAAAAUUUUACAUCAGUAUUCAUUAGGGAUAUUGAUCUAUAAUUACUUUCUCCAUUUCAUCUUUCCCUAGUUUAGUUAUCAAGAACAUAUUGGUAUCAUUGAAAACAUUUGGUAGAGUUCUUUGUUUUUCUAUUUUUGUAAACAUUUUGGGUGCCUUUGGAAUGAAUUGCUCUUUGAAUAUCUGAUAUAUUGUGAAUAGAUCUGGUUCUGUUUUAUUUUUUCUUUAGGAAUUAAUUUAUGGCUUGUUUGAUUUCUUUUUCUAAGAUGAAGUUAUUUAAGUUCUUUAUCUCUUUUUCUAAUAAUCCACAUAUUUUACAUUUUUGUAAAUAUUUAUCCUUUCAUCUAUCAGUUUUAUUGGCAUGUAAUGGAAUAAAAUAGUUUCUAAUAACUUUUAUAAUUUGUCAAUGGAGAGAAUAUAGACACAGACUAUAACUCCAACUUAAAACAAAUCUGUCACAGAAAUAACUUUGCCAAGAAUUCAAGAGAUUAGGCCUGAGGCUAACUGGGUUAAGUGACUUGCCCAGAGUCACAUAGUCUGACCUCAGAUUAAACUCAGAUCUUCCUGACUCCAAACCUAGGCAUUAUCCAGUUGCCCAUUGUUGUCAUUAUCUUUAAUGAUUUUUUGUUUCUAUGUUUUUUUUUUCCUUUGACCUAGCCAUUAUUUAGGAUUAAGUUAUUUAGUUCAACUUAAUUUUUACAUUGUAAAGAUGUAGUAGCACUAACAAUUAGAGGAGAAAAAGAAAUUGAAGGGAUUAAAGUAGGUAAUGAGGAAACUAAACUAUCACUCUUUGCAGAUGUUAUGAUGAAAUACUUAAAGAAUCCUAGAAAAUCAACUAAAAGGCUAUUGGAAAUAACUUUAGCAAAGUUGUAGGGUACAAGAUAAAUCCACAUAAAUCAUCAGCAUUUCUACAUAUCUCCAACAAAAUGCAGCAGCAAGAGUUAGAAAGAGAAACUCCAUUUAAAAUCCCUCUAGACAAUAUAAAAUAUUUAGGAAUUUAUCUACCAAGACAAAUACAGGAAUUAUAUGAACACAACUACAAAACACUUUUCACACAAUUAAAAUCAGAUCUAAACUGAGAAAACAUUAUGUUAGCUCAUCCUACUCAUGAACAAUUAAUAUUUUUUCUCAUAAGUUCCUCUGGAUUGACCUGGGUUGUUCCAUUGCUGCUAGUAGAAAAGUCCAUUACAUUUGAUUGUGCCAUAAUAUUAUCAGUCUCUGGGUACAAUGUUUUGGUUCUGCAUCUUUUGCUCUGCAUCAAUUCCUGAAGGGUGUUCUAAUUCACAUGGAAUUCCUCCAGGAAUUCCUUUCAGCACAAUAAUAUUCCAUCACCAUCAGAUACCAUGAUUUAUUCAUCUGUUCCUAAUCGAUUUUCCAAUUUUUUAACACCACAAAGAGUGGCUAUAAAUAUUACACUAUGCCUCCUUUGCUUCUUGAGAAUGCCAUCACCAUAGUGCAGGCCCUCAUUACUUCACACCUGCAAUAACCUGCUAGCAGUCAGCCUGCCAUAAAUUUCUCCUCAGCCCAGUCAAUCUUUCAUUCAACUGCCAAAGUGAUUUUCCUAAAAUUCACAUCCACACCCGUCUAUUCAGUAAACUCUAGUGGUUCCCUCUCACCUCUUAGGAUAAUAUAUAAAAUCUUCUGUUUGAUAGUCAAGGUUUUUUUUCUAUUCAUCAUUAUUUACAACACCAGUGGUGUCAACUCAAAUAGAAACUAAAUCAAACACAAUGAUCCUUGUGGGGAGCUUAUUGAAUUAGAAAAUCACAUCUUAACAAUUAUUUGUGUUUUGUUGUAUUUUUAUUUAUUUAAAAAUAUUUCCCACUUAUAUUUUAACCUAGUUUGGGAAUGGCAGCUUGACACCUUUGUAUGGCACAAUAUUAUGUUACAUUUAUAUACCAUAAAUUGUUUAAACUUUUACAUUGACUAGUAGAAUAAUGCCUUUUUUUUUUAAUCCUUACCUUCUGUAGAGUGGUAAGGGCUAAGCCAUGGGGGUUAAGUGACUUGCCCAGGGUCACACAGUUUUGAAGUGUCUUGGCCAGACUUGAAUUCAGGAUCUCCUGUCUUUAGGCCUGGCUCUCAAUCCAUUGAGCCAACUUGCUGCCCCCAGGAUAAUAUCAUACAGGAAUAGAGGGGAUAGUAAAAUGAAAAUUUUUAAGGAUAUGGGAGAUUUGACCAUGUUUAUAGGUAAUGAGGAAAGAGCUAAUCAGUGGUGAGAGAUAGAAAAUUAAAAAUGAGGGAUGAGUUUGGAGGCAAACUGCUAGAGCAGGGGAACUAGAAAACAGGUUGAAUUUGAUAAAAAAGGGUUUUUUAAAGAUGUAGAUUAGAGGUGAAUACAGACUUACCAAAAAUGGCCUCUUUAUAGUAAAGUAUGAGGCUGGGUAUUUUGCUGAGAGGUAGGGGAGAACAGGUACCAGAAUAGGCUCAAAAAGAGAAGGCUCAGAACACUCUCUUGGGAGUGAGAAUCAACUAGGGAAGAAUAAAAUAGAUUCCCUUGCUGCUAGAAAGUCUCUGGUAAGAUUAAAUGGCGUAAAUGUGUAGUGGAGUCAUUCAGCAUAAUCUUGUUACUUUUGCCAUCACCUUUCAGUAGCAGAGAAGUAGGAAGUCUAAUGAGAGUAUAAUUUAGGCAUGAGCAGAGAGAGGACAACAGGUAGGAUUUUGUUCUUUGUGACAGGAAAAAACUUACAGAGAUUAAAAGCACUAUACAAUAUCUGAAAUAAACCAGUUAUUCAUUUUGGGGCCUACUGACUAUCUAAGAUACAUACAAAUACCCACAUGCCCUCUGAAGGACUAUUAAUUGUCCAUUUAGCUGUAUAUCUUAAUCUGGACAACAGGCAUUCUUCUGAAGUGGGGCACUUUAUAAAGCCAGUCUGGGCAUCCAAAAGUUCAAAUGAAUGGAACCAGUAUUUAUUUAUUAAUCUAUUAAUUAAUAAAUGAAUCUACUGACCAGGGCAGACUUUCCUAGUGAAAGCUGCGUCAGACUGAAAUUACAAUGCAAUUUUUAUAGGGUGCAAGACACAAAGAAAACAAUGUCCAUUAAUGAGACAUAACCUUGAUGAUCAGAUGCAAAAUAAUUGAAGCAAGCGAGCCUUAUUGUCUAGAAGCCAGAUUUGUCAUUAGCUUGGGGUACGGGACAUUCCAUUGUAUAUCUUAUAUAUUUUUUUCAAUGAUACUUUGCUUUGCUUUAAUAAAGUUUCUUUCCCUUUUUUUGGAUUCUUCAAAUGAAUUUUCAAUUACAAAAUAACAAACUAUGGCCCUAAAGCAGGUUUAGAAAAUGAUAGCCAGAAAAAUACAUGUACAAGAAUAUUCAUAGCUGCACUCUUUGUGGUGGCCAAAAAUUGGAAAAUGAGGGGAUGCCCUUCAAUUGGGGAAUGACUGAACAAAUUGUGGUAUAUGUUGGUGAUGGAAUACUAUUGUGCUCAAAGGAAUAAUAAAGUGGAGGAAUUCCAUGGAGACUGGAACAACCUCCAGGAAGUGAUGCAGAGCGAAAGGAGCAGAACCAGGAAAACAUUGUACACAGAGACUGAGACACUGUGGUACAAUCGAAGGUAAUGGACUUCUCCAUUAGUGGCAAUGCAGUGUCCCUGAACAGUCUGCAGGGAUCUAAAAAACACUAUCCAAAAGCAUAAGAUAAACUGUGGGAGUAAAAACACUGAUGAAAAGCAACUGCUUGACUACAGGGGUGGAGGGGAUACGACUGAGGAGAGACUCUAAACAAACACUCUAAUGCAAAUACCAACAACAUGGAAAUGGGUUUGAAUCAAGAACACGUGAUACCCAGUGGAAUCGCGUGUGGGCUAUGGGAGAGGUGGGGGAGGCAGGGAGGGAAGAAAAGAAAAUGGUCUUUGUUUCCAAUGAAUAAUGUUUGGAAAUGACCAAAUAAAAAUUAAAAAUUUAAAUUUAAAUUUAAAAAAAAGAAAGAAAGAAAAUGAUAGCCAUUGGCACAGGAUGGAGAAGCUCACAAGUGGCAGAGGCAAGGAGUAGCCAAAGCAGGGCUUAGACUUUCAUGGGCAGAUAAAACUGUCCAGAGGGUUGUGUCCUAACAUUAGCACACGUACACUAUACUAACUUCUUUGUUAGUAAGGGAGUCACUUUCUCAUGGUUACUGAUCAUAUGUUGUUCUGAGCUGACUGACCUUCAGGAAAGUUCAUUUCUGAUUUCUGCUUUCUCCAGCUACUUGAUUUUUUCCUAUGUGGCUAGUUAGGCCAAACUCAGUUAUAGAUCUCUUUCAGGAAACUACAGUUUUCCAGAGCUUAAUGUAAUCAGAAAAAUAAUAUCCUCAAACAGGUCAACCUGGAAGACUUCAUCAUAUAUUGGCACUCUCCCUUGUAUUUGAACUUUGUUUUGGCUGUUCUCUGUGACAAGAACAAAAAUUUGCAUAUAGAAAGCAUAUAUUUCCCUAUUUUAUGCUUUGCCUCAAGAUGAUUUCCAAAUUUAUUUCCAUUAUUCUUGGCUAUAAACCUAGUUCUUUUGCCUUCUGGAACAUCAUAUUCGAAGCUCUCUGUUCCUUAAUGAGGUGACUUCUGAAUCUUGUAUGAUCCUCACUAUGCCUCUAUAAAACUUAAAUUCUCUCUUUCUGGCUGCUUGCAGAACUUUUUCUGUAACCUAAGAGCUCUGGAUUUCUAAUAUGAUAUUCCUGAGAAUUUUCAUUUGCAGUUUCUUUCAGGAAGUGACCAGUGAAUUCUUUUAAUUUCUACUUUUACCUCUUUUUUCCCCAAUUUUAAAAAAAAUCAAGUCUAUUUUUAAUUCCAAAUUCUGUCCCUUCUCCACUCAUUGAGAAGGCAAGAAAAACAAAAUCCAUCAAAAAUAGGUAUAGUUAUGCAAAAUAAAUUCCUGAACUGGCCAUGUCCAAAACACGAAAGAAAAGAAGAGAAGAAAAUACACUCUGAAUGCAUCAACUCUAUCUAAAAGUGAAUAGCAUAUUUCAUCAUUUCUUUGGAAGUGUAAAUAGUCAUUAUGUUAGACAGAGUUACUAAGUCUUCUAAAGUUAAUUGUUUUUACAAGAUUGCUAUUAUUAAUGUGUAAAUUGUUCUUUUGGUUCUACUCACUGCAUUUUGUAUCAAUUCAUAUAAGUCUUCCCAGGUUUUUAUGAAACCAUCCCCAUAUCAUUUCUGAAAGCAUAAGAAUAUUCCAUCACAAUUAUAUAUGACAACUUGGUUAUCCAUUUCCGAUUGUUAGUUAUCUUCACAAGUUCCAGUCUUUGCCACUACAAAAGUAGCUCUUAUAAAAAUUUUUGUACAUAUGGAUUCUUUCCCUCUUUCUUUGAUCUCUUUGAAGUAUAGAUCUAAUAGUGAAAUCACUGGGUCAAAGCAUAAGCAUAGCUUAAUAGAUUUUUUUGUUGCCCUCUGGUUCUAAGAUAUCUGGGCAGUUUUCUUUAAUUAUUUCUUGAACUAUAAUGUCCAUCUAGACUUUCUUGUUUUUGUUCAUGAUUUUUAGAUAAUUCAGUGAUUCUUAAAUUACCUAUUUUGAUCUGUUUUCCAAGUCAUUUGUUUUUUCCUGUGAGAUAUUUCAUUUUCUUCUAAUUUUUAAGUCUUUUCAUGGAAUCAAUAGAAUUAUUUCUUCUAUAUGGCCAAUUUUCUAGAAGUUAUUUUUUUAAGUAUCAUUUUUAAACUGUACCUUCCACCUUAGAAUCAAUACUAUAUAUUGGUUCUAAGGCAGAAGAAUGGUAAGGGCUAAGCAAUGGGGAUGAAGUGACUUGCCCAGGGUCACACAGCAAUUAAGUUUUUGAGGAUAGAUUUAAUCUCCAAGCCUCAUUCUCUAUUCAUUGAGCCACCUAGCUGACCCAUAGCUGUUAAUUUUCUUUUCAGUAUCCCAAAAUGAAUAGCAUAUUUCAUCAUGUGUUCUUUGGAAGUGUGUAUAUAAUGUAUAUGAUCUAAGGAUAGACCUUUUCGCUGCUCUCCUGGUGUGAGCCUUAAAAGUUCCUGGCCCAGAUUUGGGUCUGUUGAUUUAUCUAUGGCUGUGUUCUAUUGGAUUGCUACUACACUCAGUCACUGUUAGUCCACUGGGAGUGCUGGCUCCCUUUUGUUCUGUGACCCUGGUUAUUCCAUUAUAGGCUAAAGGUUACAUCUGAGUCCCUGCUCGAUUCCUGGGCUUAUAGCUACACAGCUGUUUCUGGAACUUGUUCCUUGCUCAGUACAUAGAUAGCUAGGAAUCACACUCUACUGGCUGCUCUCCUCCCUAGAACCAUGUCCUAGACCUGAAUAAUGGGCGACAGAGCCACCAGCUGGCACCUCACACCUACCAAUAGUUCAGAGAUCUCUUGGAAUUUCUUUUUGUCGUGAUUCUUCCUAUACCUGCUCCUCACUUGGUAAAGUAGCUUCCAACCUCUCUUUCCCUAAGCUGCUCUAGGCUGAAAAAAUUACUUACCACUUUUUCUUGGCUUUCUCAAUCAGAAUUUAGUCUGGUAGGUUUUUUUUAGGGUGUUAUAGAUCUGAGUGAGCUAGGCAAAAAUGCUUUUUCUCACUCUGCCUUCUUAAUUCUGCCUCUGUAAAGAGAUCUUAUAUUUCCUGCACCUUUUAGUCUGUUGUGUUACUGUAAAUAUGUUUACUAUAGAAUAUUACUUGCAAAAGUCUGCUUGUUCCCUCCCAAGAAUUUCAAGAAUGUAAUUCUUAUUCUAUGUAAGGAUGUAAUUCUAUAUGUAGUCUUAAAAAGAUUUUGUAGAGAUGAGUAAGUAGAGGCAUUGGUGACAGUUAUUGGCAUCCUCAUGAUAUAGCCUCAUAAUCUUUUUUAAAAAGCAUAAAGUCUAUGAUUUUUCCUACUAUUUUGUAUCCUUUCUUCUUUGUAGUAUCUUGAGAAUCAGCACCUUAGCAAUCUCAAAAUUUUGUCACCUGUAGUGUUGAACUCCUUUGUGAAUCCUUAACCAAUUUUAGUGGCUCUUUCCAUCUAUAUAUUAGAGUCCAGAUAUUCUGCCUCUAUUGCUAUUGAUAAAGAAAAAUGUUGCAGAAAAUUUGACAAGUCUUUCCCACUUUUUCUUUUCAGUUUGUGAUCCUACAGUUUUUAUCCUUAUGAGCCUUGAUUUUGAAUGAACUGGCCCUCUUACCAGAUUUUCUGAAAACUGGUUUUUCCCUUUACUACUCCUUGUUUUAGGGGUUACUACUGCUCACAGUCUUUCCCCAUCAUCAUCCAUAAGAUUUUUUUUAAAGCCUGUACCUUCUGUCUAAUACAAGUAUUGGUUCCAAGGCAAAAGAGUGGUACUUGUCCAGGAUCACACAGCUAAGAAGUGCCUUGAGGACAGUUUUGAACCCAAAAUUUUCCAUCUCCUGAGUUUCCAUCUACUAAGCCACUUCACCUCAAGAUCCCAUCACCCAUAAGAUUUUACAAAAAGAGUUUAUAUUCUAAACUGGCAUUGCUCUUGGCUUACACAUCUCUCUGCUGUCUGAUUUGGUUUUUUGCCUUUUGGGGGGCUGAUUUCCAUAAAGUAAAUUUCCUUAGCAAAUAGUAAUAGUCUUUGUCAACAUUUGAUGUUAAAAAAUAUCAUUUUGUAUAUUGCUUUUAACACACCAUGUAUCUCACAUACUAGUACUAGUUGUAUUUUAUAAAUAUGAAAAAUAAUUUGUUAUAUUCUUCCAGAGUAAGCAAUAUGUGAAAUAAGAUGUGUUAAAAUUGAUUAAAGACCCUUUUUAAAAAUCAACAUAGUGUUUCUGAAUAUCCCACCUCUUCUCAGAGAACCAUCUCAUAUAACAAGUGUUUUUUUAGAAAGACAAAUUUUAAAAAAAUGAAAAAUCAGUAUUAGUAAUUAGUGCAUUGAAGAAGUCUAAAAAUAUAUACACUGUACACUUGGGAACCUUGUCACCUCUACAAACAGGGGUUGAGAGUAGAUGCACGUGUCUCCUCAUGUUUCUUCUUUUGAGUUGUGAUUGUUCUAUUUUAGAAUUGAUACUAAGUCAGGGUUCCAAGACAGUACCCAUGAGGGUUAGGUAAUUGGGGUUUAGUGACUUGCCCCGGGUCACACAGCUAGGAAGUGUCUAAGGCCAAAUAUGAACACAGGACUUGAUACUCUCUCUAGGUCUGGCUCUCUUAUCUGCUGAGCCACCUAGCUACCCCUACAUUCACUUUUGAUUUUUUUUUGUUUCCAUUGUUAUAGUCAUUAUGAAUAUUGUUCUUUUGGUUCUACUUACUUCACUGCAUUAUUUCCUAUGGAUAUUUCUGUGCUUCUCCCAUAUGCAUCACAUUUUUUCUGAGUAAAGACUUAACUAAUCAGUUUCAAUCCAUUGUAAGAUCCCAUACUAAUUUUUUAUUUAAUAGUGUUUUGUGCUGUCAUUCAAAAUUAUUUGGUUUUACUUAACCACAUAACUCAAGAUAAUUAAAUAUAUUGGAAUCUAAGAGAUUUUUGUUUUGAGAUAGUUUUAGCAAAUACUGUAAAAUGACUGUCUUUUUACUUUUGUUUAGAAUAAAGGGAAGAAGUCCUUUAAGGAAAGGAAAAUGAAGCUUGGACGAGUUCACGCCAAUGCUCUAGCAUAUUCUAUGACUACUUUGGGGAGUGGGAUGAUGAGUACUGUCUUUAAUUUUUACUAUAUGCAGCUUUUUUUGAAGCAAUACAAGAUUUCAGAAGCUGCCUUUCACCAGUCUCAGAUAAUUUUUAUGAUUUGGAACACUUUUAAUGACCCUCUUUUUGGAUACAUUCAAGACAACUCCAAGGCAUCUUAUUGUUCUGGACGUCAGACUGCUAUCUUGUAUGGUGCCCCUUUCUAUGCACUGGCUUUCCUCCUUCCUUGGUUCCCUUGGAAACAAUACCACGAAGGUGACUGGCUCAGCGGGCUCCACCUUGUGGUGUCCCUAUGUGCAUUUGAUGGCAUGCUGACUUUUGUACAACUAGCCCAGUGUGCGCUGUUUGCAGAGAUUUCCACUCGACAUGAGAGUCGACUUCAGCUUAUCAAAUAUAACCAAGUGGCCUCUCUAGUGGGAUCUACCAGCAUACUUUUCUGUGGCCUUAUCUCUGAUAACAUGGAAAAUUUACCUUAUUUCCAGGCUUUUUCCAUUGUCAUUGCUGUUCUUGCUACUGCCUGCCUUUUUUAUACUGGCAUUUACAGUAUGAGUCACUAUGAACUUAAAAGAAGUCCUGGAGAAAGCACUGACUCAGAAAGUGAAUCAGAGUUCUCUUGGUCCUCAGUUAUCUUAUUGACCAAACAAAUCUUAACCCAGAAAAAUUUUCUGCUUUUCUUGUCAAUGAAUUUUUUCCAAGUUUUCCAUUUAACCAUCUUCAACAACUUCAUGAUGAUCUUUGCUGAUAACCUCAUUCCCAAAGAUGCUUUUUCUUCUUCCAUGAGGAGCAUCAUGUAUGGGGCAGGGUUUAUUUGUCCACAGUUUCUUGUGCUUAUUAGCCACUCCUGGCUCAAGAAGUUUGGUUACUAUAAGGUCAUUUUAUUUUCCUUCUAUAUAGAAGGAGCAGCUGCAACUGUGAUGUUGCUCCUGGGACAGGAGCACUAUUACAUUUUGGCAUUUUAUCUCACAGCUAGCAUGGUAGUAGUUCAAGCCUCAUUUAGUUUGUUCAAUCUACCCCUGGCUGACAUCAUUGAUGCGGAUGUAGUUAAAUUCAACCGGAAAUCACCCCUUUCUUCGAUGGUUUUUGGAACCAAUGCUUUAUUUACCAAACCUGCUCAGUCCUUAGCACCAAUGGUUAUAGUCACUGUGUUAAACAAGUUUGGAUAUGAGCAGCUAAAUAAGACGGCCUUCCAGGUUGAUCCCAGUUUAUUAACAGGUCUUCAUGAUGCAAUGUUCAUCUUAAUUUGCCUGCUUCCUCUCUGCAUCACCAUAAUCCAGAUUCUGGCUUGGACUCCCUUUUCUAUCAGGAGCAGCCAUCACACCAACUGGGCAGUGACCCUGUAACAAGAAUAUAUUCUAUCAUGGGAUUAAAAUGUGGCUAAAGGUUUUUGUAUUUUUUAUUUAAAAUUUUUUCAAUCAACAAAAAUUUGCCUUCUCUCCCUUUCCCCUCCUCCUCAUUGAGAAAGAAGAAAAAGAAAAGCCUUGUAACAUUUGUAUUGUUUUUUAUAUUGAAUUAUACUCUGCCAGAAGGAAAAGCUGCUCAUUAUCACCUCUUAUCUUUUAAAACCAACUUCAAGGGCUCUUUUAUGUCCUCUGAUUAGGGGACUAAAUGCAGUUUGUUAUUAAAUAACAAUCUGUUUCUGGUUGCUGUAGAUGAUCAUAUUAUAGUUAUCAGAAUGUCUUGUAACCUCAGUAUAACAGCCUUGGCUCUAGGUAAUGGAAUUGUGGCAUGAAUUGGUUAGAUGAAUUCUCUGGGUGUGAGUGGGUGGCCCUAGAAUAUACCUGGCUAUAUACAUUUCUUCCAGAUUCUUGGAUACACCAUACUUUUCUGAACUGAUUUUUAGGAAUUGAUUGAUUCUUCAAGUGGGGACGAAGCCCAUGUAAGCAUUUGGAUUUGUUGGAAAACAUUAUUGUACUACUCUCAGGAAGUCUUUUAGUUAGCUGGUGAACCUUUGGAAGUUUUGGGAUAAGGAUGAGAGAAUCAUGUGGUUCUCAGAUUUGAAUGUGGCCCAUCAGUGUUUCAGAAUUGAGGAGAAAGAUGAUAUCCAAAAACAGGGGUACUUGCAUUUUUUUUAGUUUGAAUUUACCUUUAAAUCAGAAUCUAUGAAACCAGCUAGACUUUUCUCCAUUAUCAUGACUAAAAAUGGAGAUAGUGAUCUCACUUUCCUCCAAAUGGACUCAUGUCUUCCAUUUUACCUUUGAAAUGAGGAAUUAAGGAUCAAACUUUACUUAGUCGAAAUUAUCGUUUUCAAAAAUUGUGCCCAAAGGGCAGCUAGAAGGCUUAGCGGAGUGAAAGCCAGGCCUUGAGACAGGAGGUCCUAGGUUCAAAUUUGGCCUCAGACACUGCCUAGCUGUGUGGCCAUAGAUAAGUCACUUAAUCCCUGUUGCCUAGCUCUUACUGCUCUUCUGCCUCAGAACCAAUUCACAAUAUUGAUUCUAAGGCUUAAAAAAAUUUAUGCCUAUCUUAUUUGGUAUAUAGUUUUUGGAUGACUCAUCUGGGGUAUUCCUAUUGUGGCAUGGACCUGCCUACCAUUCAUAGACCCUUUCCCCCUUACAUUGAUGCUAUAGGCUUUGAAUGAAGAUUUUACUAGAGUAGCAUCAUUAGUGGCUCUUUUAUCUAUUUUUUUUCUGAAUGUAAAUGAAGUUUGCUCUAUAUUUUCUCCAAAGGUUUUAAAAAUGUACACCUACUCAAUUUAAGGUUAUUUUGAAGAGAAGCACAUUAUAAACUAUAAAUGAUUACAUGAAUGUGAAUUGUUAUUAUUACUUGAAUAAUAUAAACUCAGCAGAAUAAACUUAAUGAAUCUGAAGUACUGUGGAAUAGUAGUCAAAUGAGAUUACAUUAACCUGAUAGCUAUUUAUUAUUUCUUAAGAAGUCUUACCAGAGAAAGAGGAGAGUGCCUUACACUUAUAUAUUUAUUGUAUAAGAUAUUGAUGUUUUUUGUUUACAUUGAAUAACUUAUUAGGAAGAGACCAUGUUUGUUUUGUUCCUGGAGCUACUCAGGAAAUAUGAAAUAAUUCCAGCUCUGCAUAUUUUAUAUGCUCUAUAAUUGUACACAGAGAUCAGAAUUUUCUUAGGAAAAAAUUCCUUUUGGUAGGAAAUUUCUUGAGAUUUUUAAAAGAGGAUAUGUAAUGUGGAAUUAUGUGCCUUCUGCUUUGCCAGUACUGGUCUUUAAAAGAAAUAAAUUAAUUUCUGUAUUAUGAAAAUUAAUAUUAUUUGGAGAAAUUGUUCUGAUUUAUAAAGGAAGUGUAACUUAAUUCUAAAAUAUGACUUUUAAAAUGUCACUUUUUCUAGGUUAUCGUUUUUUAAAUUGUUUGAUAAUAAUAAACCCAGCUAAUUUCAGUAU